AGUUCAAACCCAACAAAUCUCUCUUGGACACCUGACCGAACCGAAAUUGGUCGGUGGUUUUGCUCACCCCUAGAGGCAGAUGGAUCAGCUUACAAGUUGCAAUGCAAGGAAUUGCGCAUGAAACGCACCAUUUUCCUUUUCCGUCAAAAACUCCUGCUUUUUCUCUAAAAGUUGAAUCGGAAAUGAAUAACCAGAUCCCUCGUCGAUGUGGAUUCUAAUUUGAAAUCCAGGUGGGGAAAUUUCUCAGCGCGCUAUGACGGAGAAACAGCUGAUCGUUGCCGUUGAAGGCUCCGCUGCCAUGGGGCCCUUCUGGCAAAGCAUCCUUUCUGAUUACCUUGAAAAGAUCAUCAGGUCUUUUGUUGGUAGUGACUUGACUGGGCAGAAGCCUGCAACUUCUACUGUUGAGCUCUCACUCGUCACAUUUUAUGCUCAUGGAUCUUAUUCUGCUUGCCUAGUGCAACGAAGUGGCUGGACAAGGGACAUUGAUAUCUUUCUACAAUGGUUAUCUUGUAUUCCUUUUGCUGGUGGUGGCUUCAAUGAUGCUGCAAUUGCAGAAGGGCUUUCUGAAGCAUUAAUGAUGUUCCCUUUUGCUCCAAAUGCAAGCCAAGCUCAACAGAAUACAGAUGCACAAAGGCAUUGUGUUCUUGUUGCUGCAAGUAACCCUCAUUCGUUGCCAACACCAGUCUACCGACCGCAAAUACAAAAUUUGGAGCAGAGUGAAAAUAUUGAUCUGCAAACAGAAAGUCGUCUAUCUGAUGCUGAGACAGUUGCUAAAUCAUUUCCCCAGUGCUCUGUUUCUCUAUCUGUCAUUUGUCCAAAACAGCUUCUGAAACUCAGAGCAAUCUACAAUGCAGGAAAGCGCAAUACCAGAGUAGCAGAUCCGACAGUUGACAAUGUUAAAAAUCCUCAUUUUCUUGUUCUAAUCUCUGAGAACUUCAUGGAGGCUCGUACUGCUUUAACUCGUCCUGGAGUUUCAAAUCUUUCUGCUAAUCAGAGUCCUGUGAAAAUGGAUGUUUCUUCAGUUCCUUCUGUUGCAGGGCCACCUCCACCCUCAAUAUCAUCAGUGAAUGGAUCUAUCAUGAACCGACCACCAAUUUCUGUUGGAAAUGUCCCCACUGCAACUGUAAAAAUUGAACCAACUACUGUAACUUCUAUGGCACCUGGACCUGUUUUUUCACAUAUUCCAUCUGCACGCCCUGCUACUCAAGCAGUUCCAAGUCUGCAGACUUCUUCACCGCCUACGACUAGUCAAGAAAUGAUGACGAAUGGUGAAAAUGUGCCAGAACUGAAACCUACAGUCAGUGGGAUGCCGCAGUCUGUACGUCCUGUGCCUCCUGGUGCGGCAAAUGUUAGCAUACUGAAUAAUCUCUCUCAAGCACGCCAAGUGAUGAACUCUGCUGCCUUAACUGGAGGAUCUUCGAUUGCUCUCCCAUCAAUGAAUCAAACUCCUGUGGCCAUGCACAUGUCUAAUAUGAUAUCCAGUGGAAUGGCAACUUCUGUGCCUGCUGCUCAAACUGUCUUCUCAUCAGGACAGCCUGGUAUUACUUCAAUGACAGGAUCAGGCACUCUUACAGGAACUUCGCAAAUUGCACCAAACUCUGGUCUUGGUUCAUUUGCUUCUUCAACUUCUAACAUAUCUGGAAAUUCAAAUCUGGGGAUUUCACAGCCAAUGGCUAACCUUCAAGGAGGUGUUAGCAUGGGUCAAUCUGUGUCAGGCAUGAGUCAAGGAAAUCUCUCAGGAGGACAAAUGGUACAAAGUGUAAUUGGCAUGAACCAGAACGUGAUGAAUGGUCUUGGUCCAUCUGGUGUCUCCUCUGGAACCAGCACUAUGAUUCCAACUCCCGGAAUGCCGCAACAAGCACAAACAGGAAUGCAAUCGCUUGGUGUGAACAACAACUCAGCAGCUAAUAUGCCAUUGUCACAGCAAACAACGAGUGCUUUGCAAUCAGCACAAUCCAAAUAUGUCAAAGUCUGGGAAGGAAAUUUGUCUGGACAACGUCAAGGGCAACCUGUCUUUAUCACCAGAUUGGAAGGUUAUAGGAAUGCUUCAGCUUCUGAAUCGCUUGCAGCAAACUGGCCACCAACAAUGCAGAUAGUUCGGCUCAUUUCUCAGGACCACAUGAAUAACAAGCAGUAUGUUGGGAAGGCAGAUUUUCUAGUAUUUCGGGCAAUGAAUCAGCAUGGAUUUCUUGGCCAACUGCAAGUGGAUUUCUUGUGUGCAGUCAUCCAGUUGCCAUCACAGACGUUGCUGCUUUCUGUUUCGGACAAAGCUUGCCGCUUGAUAGGGAUGCUUUUUCCUGGGGAUAUGGUUGUGUUUAAGCCUCAAAUACCCAGUCAGCAGCAGCAACAGCAACAAAUGCAACAACAGCAGCAACAGCAACAAAUGCAACAACAGCAUCACCAGCAGAUGCAAUCGCAGCAGCAUCAACAGCUACAACAACAACAGCACCCGCAGCUUCAACAGCAGCAGCAACUUCCGCAGCUGCAGCAGCAGCAGCAGCUUCCACAAAUGCAACAUCAGCAGCAGCAUCCCAGUCAGUUGCAGCAACAGCAACAACUCUCUCAGCUUCAACAACAGCAGCAACUUCAGCAGCAGCAACAGCAGCAGCUUCCACCACUACAGCAGCAGCAGCAACAACAACUUCCGCAGCAACAACAAAUGGUCGGGACAGGGAUGGCUCAAGCUUAUGUUCAAGGUCCAGGUCGGUCACAGUUAGUUUCUCAGGGACAUGUUUCAUCACAAGGUCCGACAAACUUGCCCGGAGGUGGCUUUAUGGGUUAGUAAGAACAAUAAAUUAGAGUGGAACCAGAAUGCAUCAACUGUAAUAAAAAAACAAAUAGCAAUGAUGAAAAAAGAAAUUCUAGAUUAGCAAUUAUAUCGCCUUUUGGCCUCUUGGACUAGUAGCUUUAUCCGCAGCUUAAAAUAUGCUUACAUGUAAAAAUAUGUAUCUUAUUGAAUUAAGCCAGCCCUUUGACCAUAUAUCAGUACAUGCCUUGUGAACAUGGUCAUUCAGAGCCUAUUAUUUGGUUAUGUGGUUUACAUUUUGCUGCUAAUACUAUUGAAACCUACAACUUAAUUUGGA